CGCGACCUAUUUUGACGCUAAAAAUGAGCAUCGAGCGUCAGCAUGAAAAAGUACCUUAAGGUUUGCUAGUGUGGCAUACUCCACAAUCUCCACAUGCUUUAACAUGUUCCUAGUCCUACCAUAGCUCCUACUCUACGUCUACGAGCGCAUUUGAAUGAGUAGAAACUACAGUUGGAGGAAAUAGGAGCAUGUUGGAGCAUGCGACGCGAACAAACCUUUUAGUAUAUACUUGAUUCGAUUUCGCACUUCUGUGUAUUCGUCGUUAUUCGCAGUCCAAGUCACUCCAAACUCCAAGUUCAUACGGGUCAUACUCCAUCCAACUGAUCCAACUCCAUCUCAGUCCUCAGCGGAAAGAAUUUUGUACUUUGAGAGAAAUACACUAGCAAAACAAGAUUCGGUCUCAUGAGUACUAAUAAUAAGAAAGGAUUUAUUGCUGUACAUGUUGGUGCUGGGCAGCACUCGGCGUCACUCAAAGAAAAGUAUCAAAAAUUAUGUCGUGAUGCAUGCAAAGUGGGAGCUCAAAGUUUGAAGUCCAAUGGCAAUGUAUUAGAUGCAGUGGUCGAAGCAGUAAUGAUAUUGGAAGAUUCUCCUAUGACAAACGCUGGAUUCGGAUCAAAUCUUACGUUGAAUGGCACAGUGGAGUGCGACGCAAGUGUAAUGGAUGGUAGCAGUUUGCAGUAUGGUGCAGUCGGUGCAGUUAGCGGAAUAAAAAAUCCUGUUUUGUUGGCAAAGCGUUUGUGUGAGCAGCAGUCCAUUAAGUUUGCAUAUGGCAGAAUUCCUCCUAGCUUUUUGGUUGGAAAUGGUGCACAUAUUUGGGCACACGAGAUGGGCAUACAAAUUUUACCUCCAGAACAAUUAAUAUCAGUGAAAGCUCAAAAGAUAUAUAAGCAUUAUAAAAGAAAAUUAGAAAGCUGUAGUGCAGAGGUUCAAAAGUGUGCUAAGAAAAGAAUGGACACAGUAGGAGCAAUAUGUGUCGAUAACAGUGGAAAUAUUGCUGCAGCUUGCUCAAGCGGUGGUAUAAUUUUAAAAUAUCCAGGAAGAGUUGGACAAGCUGGAGUAUGGGGCUGUGGUACCUGGGCUUGCAAAGAUACUUCGUAUUCAGUAGGCACUAGUACUUCAGGUUGUGGAGAGCAUCUUGUGCGCACCUCGUUAGCGCGUACAAUCGCAGAAGCUAUUUCAGAUACAUCUUGUCCAACUACAAGUUUGCAUCGUGCGAUGAGCACAGAUUUCAUCGAUUCGAAAUUUCUCUGUGGACUUGAACAAAAACUUGGUGGUGUCAUCGCGGUACGAUAUUCUCCACAAGAAGGUUUAGGCGAUUUUCUCUGGAGCCAUUCCACAAAUUCUAUGAUAAUAGGUUAUAUGAAUACAUGUGAACGUGCAUCAAUGAGUUACAUGUCGGCCUUACCAUCACAUGAAGUAGGUAAGAAAGCUGUUGUUGAAGGAGUGUGCUUUAAAUUAGCGGGACUUGAUGAAGUCUGAGAAUAAUUGUAUCGAUGAAAGGAUUUUUCACAAAAAUCAAACAAAAAGUUGAAUUUUUA